UUUUGAUUUUCGAAGCAACAACAGUCUGUCCGUCCGCCAUGCCAGAGUCGUCUACUGAAACAGUGAAUAUCAUGAUGUGGCAAGAAAGGAUGUAGAGUUUUAUAUAGGAAUUUAUUUUUAUUUUGCGUUCCCGUUUGCGAUUUUUCCAGUAUGUGAUUUGUUUACGGCAAGAUUGUGAAGUGACAUCUCCCAGUGCUCAAAGUACCUUGAUACGGUGACAAACCCGCGUUUGUUUUACAACGUAACAGCUCGUUCGCUACUACGUUGGGAGAUUACUUAAAUUACAAAUUAACAACUGCAAAUUGACGUUCAAGGUAGAGUUACAGUGUUGAAUUCUGAAAAUAAAAUUAAUACCUGUUAUAAUUACUCAAUGAUGGAGCCAGUCGCCAUGAAAGACCUGGAAGAACUGACAGUGUGUGGUUAUUGCAAGCAGAAGUUUAACGACGUGGAAAUGGUGCCAAAGCUGCUGAGCUGCAAGCACUACUUCUGCCUGAACUGCGUGCAGUCGAUGAUGAAGGGCCACGAGGUGUUCUGCGUCAACUGCUGGAAGCGCACCGAGCUGGCCGAGCAGGGCCCCGAGACACUGCAGACCUACAGCCCCAUCCUCACGCUGUGCAACAACUUUGCCACUAUCAAGAUAGGCGCCAACGGCCACGCCAAACCGCCCGACAAAGACAGAAAGUUGGUGCCGAGCGAAAACUGUCACACACAUGGUAUGCCACUAGCGUUAUGGUGUCACACGUGCUGUGCGGCCAUAUGUCGAGCGUGUGCCACACAGGCAGAACAUCCCAGUCACCAGAUCAAGUCGCAGAACGAAGCCAAGGAACAGUUAGCCUCUGAGGUGCAACUAGAACUGCUGGCAGUUGGAAAAAUGUUGGGGGAAGUACAGAGGCUAGCCAUGCAACAGCGCCAGUUCCUAUUGAAAGUAUUGGAGGCGUGCAUAACACUCAAGACACAUGUGGAGACUGACCUGCAGAACGGCUGGCUGCACAUGCCCGAGGUGAACGAAGCACGCGAAACACUGGCCAAGGCCCGAGUGGGACUCGCCCAUCUCGAGAACCCCGGCGAGGCUCAAGCACUCUUCACAUCACUAUCACUAGAGAAGCAGCGAUUACAGGCCAAGUACCAAGAAAUGUUCCUCCAGUGCCAGCUAGACGACCUUAUAGGCAAUUCAGGUGUGGUUUUUGACUUUGCUUUACUCAAACAGGCUGUAUCAAACAUACAUGCGCUGGAUUCCCCUGUGAAUCAGCCCGCGAAUAGGAACCAUGUGGCUGCGACUCACAACCCAAUCCUUUUCCUUGCCAACUAUUGCAUGUCGCAGCUGUACUCACGCCAUGUGCUGUCCAAACAGCAGCAACAACAACAGCAUCUGCAGCACAAUGGGACAGUGGAGUAUGUGGUGAAGCAGCAGCAGGUGUUGACACAGACACAGGCACCUCAGGUGCAGGCGCCUCCUCCGCAAUACGUGCAGGAGCCAAUGGGAGCCAUGGUGGCCGUGCAAACUGCGCCCCAACCACAAGUGGUCACCCUCAACGUGCGACCUCCCUCCAGUCAGUUCCUCUACUUUUUCAACAUCGACGUCAACGGAACUCCCCACGGCCGCAUGGUCAUCGAAACGCGGCCAGAUGCAGCACCCAAAAUGGCAAAGAAUUUCGCUGUCCUAACCACCGGCGAAAUGGGCUACUGCUACAAAGGCUGUGCCAUUUUCCAGUGCUGGGAAGGUGAGUCAGUCAUAACAGGCGAUUUCGAACUGAACAACGGUCGCGGAGGACGGUCUAUAUAUGAGGAAGGCUACUUCAUGCCUGAUGACACCAAGUUCCCAGCAGUAAGAGGUGCGGUCGGGAUGAGGCGCACUCAGAAGCGACACGACAACUUGGGCAUGGUUGGGUCACAGUUCCGUGUCAUACUUCAAGAAAUGCGCGGUUUCACCGCCAUAUUUGGACAUGUAGUUGAGGGCCUCGACCUAGUUGAAAAGAUUGCCACAUUCGGAGAUCAAACUGGAAAGCCAACCAAGACUGUAGUAAUAACUAAUUGCGGAAAGCUUUGAGCUGUUGUUGCUGCUACUGCUAUUCUAAUUCUAUUAUCUAGUAAACCGAAAAGAGACUACAAUCAUUCAAACAUGGAAAUGCUAAUCAUUUUUGCAUUCAUUAUUCUGUAGAGUGUUGACAAUAAUUUACUCUGAUUUAGAAAAUAAGCUGCAUGUAAUAUUGGCCAAUAUUAUUCAAGACACAAGUGGAGAUUGACUCAAAGCAUAUUGAUAUAAAUGACAUGAGUUUCUCAUAAAAAUGAAACUACAAACAUUGAACUGUAAUAAUAAAAACAGAGCUUUAUAUGAAUUUCUUGAAAUUGUACUAGUCAUGAAUUAAUAUUGAUAUUUAAUAUUAUAUUUGAUACAUGCAUUGAAUUCAGCACCCAACACACAUCACAUUUGACAUGCCAACACUCUACAGAAUAGAGCAUUUUUGCGUUUGGGAUUGUAUAAUAAUCGACCAAACUUGUAAAACAUUGUAGCUAUACAAAAUAUAUGUUAUACAAUGAAUGAAAAUUAUUGAACAAAAAUGUCAAUUUGUUGAAUAAUAUAUAUUAUAAUAUUAAUAUAUCUCUAUUUUAAACAGAUUAAAUUGUUUUUUCUCAGAUGCAUUUACAGAAAAAUAACGCUGAGAGGAAAUAAAUAAUAUUUCGUAUCAUAGAUAUUUUAAAAAUUAUAUUUUGAACGCUGAUGUAUUUUAAAUCGAUCAUUGAUCAAUAAAUUAUAUAAUUUAUCCAAUCGAAUUACUCAUUUACUGUAGAACCAAUCUUUUAUAUUAUUAUUAUUAUUGUUUCUCCCCAUAUUAUUAGUUCAUCAUAAUAUAAAAGUAUUAAAUAUAUUAUUUUCAUGAUAAGAAGUGAAUUUGAUUAAUGAAUUCAACUGGGAAUAAGGUUGUGUAUUUGAAAUAGCACUCUUAUUCAGUUUUGAACAUUGUAAAAUAUGCUAUCACUAAAUUAUUGUAAACAUAAAUGCAUAAUAUAUAUAUAAUACAUUAGCCUAUUAGAUAAAGCUGGUUCUGCUGCUUGUGUGUUAGAUUUAGAAGAAAGCGUUUUCUGGUAAAUCAAUGUUGCUGGUUAAAUGUUUAGUUUUGAGAGUUCGAAAUUGACCAUACCUGAAAGUUAGAGACCAGUUCUAUUAUUUCUCAGACCGAAAAAGUACAAGGCCUAAGCAAAGGAAUCCCACUUAGCUUUAGUACAAAAGAACCUAUAAAUGUGAAAUUAUUUUUCCAUGUAUGUAAAAUUUUCCCUGUAACACAUUUUCAUAAACUCUUCUGAAAAUUGAGAGUUUGUUAGAUUUUUUGUAAACGUGGCAUUAUUCGUAAAAUAUACAUAUUUUAAUUGAAAUUAAAAUAGACGGACAAACGGGAAAUUGUGAAAAUAUUUUUCAACUAAAUUGGAUCCUUUUUUAAGGUUCAAUUCUAUUUUUUUAAAACGACAAAGAGAACCACCGAAGUACAAUGAGUAGUUCGGGUAUUACGAGAGCCCUCCUUUAUGUAUUCCACAUUAUUAUCUGUAGAACUUGAGGUCGAUUUUUUCAUCAUCAUCGGAGCUUGAAUGUAUAAUCUUUCUAUUUACUCUCUGAUUGAUAGGAUCUGUACUGUAUCAAUUCUCAAAUAUAUAUUAUGUAGGUAUAACAAAAAAGCGAGAACAAGGUAAACAAUGUAUUUUUGUUCUGUUUUCAACGAUCGUAUACUGUUACCAAAUGCCAAUGCCCCCGAAACAGAUUGAACUUGCUGACGUACGCGUAUUUGUGAGGCCUGAAGAAUGAUUAUUAUUAUUAUUAUUACUAUCAUCAUAUUAUAAUCGAAAAGUCUUGUGUAAUUAUAAGUUUAAGAUUAAACAAAAUUAUAUUCAAAGCGGUCAUUAUUAUUAUUAUUACAAUAACGUACAGUCAUUAAAUGACACAUAAUAAUAUAUACAUAUAUAUUUUAUGCUACAAUCAUCGAUAGAAUCUCUGCAGAGGUGAAUGAAAAAUGAAAUCAAAAUAGAAAAACUUCAAAAUCCAAAAUAUUUUGUUGAAUACCAUAUUGAAACUA